UCGCCACCAACAACAACCUCCACAUUGUUAGCACUGCCGACACCAUACCCUUACCAUGCCCCCACCUCCACUACACCAUCAUUAAUAUAUUUUCAUCCACCACCACCAGCUGCCCACCAAGAUUGCUUGCACUAUCUAUGCUGCCACACCAGAGGUGCAACAAUGGUGAUGUGAGUGAAGUGGUGGUGGUGGGUGGCGAUGAUUUCUAUUAUUUGGACUAA